CCAUCCUAUUCGUUCAGCCAUCUUCUUUAUACGUUAGACGCGUUCUUCCACCUUCACUAGACCGCCUAGACGUUUAAAUAGCCGGCUCUCUGCCGUCAAUGAUCAUCAGUGUUGAGCCAGCAGUGUUCUGAGAAACAUCUUCCAAAACAAGACUUUUUGCUGUAUCCACUUACCUGUCAACGAAAAAAUAGUAAUUUCAAAUAUCUAGCCAUGAAGGCAGCGGCGAUUCUCGUGUUUUUGGUUGCGGCAGCCACUGCUGUUCCUCAAUAUGGAUUCUUCCCUCAGACCCCACAAGCUCCACCACAGAGUUCUUACGGCGGCAACAACAACGGCCAGACUGGAGUAAAUCCUCAGCAAAUCGAAGAAAUCCAGAGGCAAUGGGCUCAAUUUACUGCAAAGAUGCCUUGGCUGCAAGGACCUCCUGGACCACCUGGACCACCAGGAACCAGUUCUGCUGCUAGUGGACCUCAACAGCCAGUAGUUGGUCCUCCUGGUCUUCCAGGAGCACCUGGCGCUCCUGGACGCAAAGGAGAAGCUGGCAAUCCUGGUAGUCCCGGAUUUGCUGGUAGACCAGGAAAUCCAGGACCAGCUGGACUUAAUGGAGCGCCUGGCGGACCUGGGCCAGCGGGCGAACGUGGAUCGAAUGGAGGCCCUGGCGCCCCGGGCGGGCCCGGAUUCCCUGGAGCUAAGGGAGCGGCUGGAAAUAAUGGAGGACCUGGUCUCAAUGGAGCUCCUGGAGCCCCUGGCAAAGAUGGCUUCAAUGGAUUGCCCGGAUUUCAAGGACCCAAAGGUGAAGCUGGCGCACCUGGAAUAACUUUGCCUUCAACCGUUCCCGGUCCCGUCGGCGCUCCCGGAGCCCCUGGUAAAGAUGGAUGGCCUGGAUCAGUUGGCGCGCCUGGCCCUAUCGGCCCAAUCGGAGGACCUGGCCCAAUCGGACCUGUUGGAAGACCCGGAACGAAUGGAUUCCCCGGAGGUCCUGGCCCUAAAGGUGAAGCUGGAAGUCCCGGAUUCAAUGGACUGCCGGGCAAAGACGGACGCAACGGCGCACCAAGCACUCAACCCGGCCCAAUUGGACCAAUUGGCCCCGUUGGUCCAGCUGGCUUCAACGGCGCUCCAGGAAAAGACGGUUUAUCUGGCGGACCAGGUGCUCCAGGCAAGGACGGACUCAACGGACAACCCGGUCUCCCAGGUGGACCCGGACAGCCAGGUAAACCAGGUAAAGAUGGAUUCAACGGAGCUCCAGGAGCUGCUGGUUUCCCUGGUGGGCCAGGACCUGUUGGGCCACAAGGCAAACCAGGAGCACCAGGCUUCAAUGGCGGCCCUGGAAGCCCCGGCCAACCUGGCCCAGUUGGUGGAUUAGGACCUCAAGGUAAACCCGGAGCACCAGGAUUCCCAGGCGGCCCAGGCCCAGCCGGUGCUCCAGGAGGCCUCGGCCCUCAAGGCCCAUCUGGGCCUCAAGGAAAACCAGGAUCACCCGGCUAUCCAGGCCCCGCUGGCCCUGCUGGCCCACCUGGACAAGCUGCCGCCGCUCCAGCGCCAGCCCAGCAGUCUUCCUACCAAGCGCCAGCUCAACCGUCUUCUUAUCAAGCGCCAGCUCAACAGUCUUCCUCCCAGUCGCAAUUCGGCUACGGUCGAUAGAUUUCCUCAAAGUUGAACUAUGAGGUUGAAUGUAGAAAUUCGCAUGUGCAUUCAAAUAUGGUAAACCAUGAAAACGACUCCGUCAGGUCAACAUUAUUGAUUUUCCCCGUUUUUAUUCCGCUUGAUUCGUUGUUUUAUUUGCGAUUUGUACUACAAUUAUCAUAGAUUUAUAUGUGUCGGAAGAAGGCAAAGAAUAAAAUUUCACAAUUUAUUAAA